UGGUCUUUCGCGAGUGUAAAAAAUAAGGAAUUUACACCGCAAAAUCAUGACGCUUUGGAUGAAGCAGCCAUGAUAAGAAUCUACUUUCUAUACUACACAUUCCUGUUUAAUACGGCUUCAAGCUGGCGGCGAGACAGUUGAUAUCGUAACAGGGUAAUUUCAAAUCAUGAAAAAGAAGAAAUACACUAGCUAUCUUACUUCCUGUGGAUUGUAUUUCGCGGUAGUCAUGGCGAUUCUCUCUCCAAGCGUACAAGGUCAUGGUGGCUGCAGAGAUCUCGAAUAUCUCAAAUGCAACAGUAAUAAAUCAUUUACUGGGUACGUGAUCAAGUUCCUUAAUGUCUCGGCACCAGGCCUGGACAGAUGCCAAACACAGUGUUUUCGUGAAGGACUGUGUGUCUCGUACAACUUGGGUCCAGUAAAUGAUGGUCAUAACAGAACGUGCGAGCUGAGUUCAUCUGAUCAUUGGACAUUUCCUGAUGCUCUUAAAGACAUGGAAGGCCAUGAAUACUGCCCUAUCAAGAAUCGGUGUUCGUCGAAACCUUGCCCUUCCAAUAAAUUCUGCUAUCCUGACUUUGCCUGGGACAGCUUUACUUGCAGAGAUGGUCAUUUGAGUCAGUGGGGCCCCUGGUCGUGUACCUGYCCAGCUCGACGUACCAGGCGAUGUGUCACUGCAGAAAAUAAAGAAGCGAAUGACUGCGGUCCUGGAGAGACAUCGGAAACAGAUCAAUGUGUUACACCACGUCAAACGCCAAACUGUGUGCUGUUUGACUUUGAAUCAGGACGACUAGACGGUUGGACCCUUACAGGAACAGCAUUCAAAUACCAGCCAACUUACGGUGAUAAUGUCAUGGCUCGUGGUAGUGGGAAAGCAAACAUGAAAGGAGAUUGGUUCAUAGCUACAUAUGAUAAGCGACCCAGCCCCUCUGAUCCACCAGGUGGUAGACAAGGAGAUGGUCCAACGGGUUCUGCAACAUCACCACCAUUUGCAAUCAUGGGAACCAAACUAAAGUUCCUGAUUUCUGGAAAUGAUGCUCCGAAGAAUUCCCGCAUGGAGUUGUUAAUUGAAGGCCGUGUAGUCAAAACAAUGUCACCUGAUGGGACCGGUAACAGUAUGAAGGAGAUGGAAGUCGAUGUGUCUUCCUUUCGUAAUCAAAUUGCACAACUUCGUAUUGUUGAUGAUAGUUCAGGAGGCUGGGGAUUUAUUAAUGUGGAUCACAUCCAAUCAGUGGAGUAGUGUUAGACUUGUGUCUAGGCUACAAGGAGGGGGUAGGGGGAGAAGAGAGUGGAUUCAUGUGCUCCCUAUUCAUGAAAGGAAAGCAUCCACUUUGUGAAGAGUCAGAAUCACAUCAAUUUGAAGUAUGCACAAAUAUACACAAUUUCACAAGAAUCAAUCAAUCUUAGUUGAUAAUGAUUUUUUUAAAGAACGAUUUUAAGUUUGGAAAAAUUCAUCAUAAUCCCUCCACGAAAAAAGGAUACAACUAAUUUUAGAUUAGAAAUAUAUAGACUUAGUAUAGAUUUUUCUGCAAACGAAAAAUGUGAGUUUAAUUGUAAAUGACAACAACAACGUCAACGUCAAAAUGUACCAUCAGUAUGUAAUAUACGACCCAGAGUCUUGUCAGCCUACAGUAUUCCUACUGAACGCCAACUAUUCCUACUUGAAGAGCAUGCGCGGUGUUAUCCACGUCUCACUUUCCAGACAAUUUUAUUUUAAUAAAUUAUUUUUAGUCCUAUUUGAAAGCACGCAUUAUUGCAGAAUUUACAGAUUCUCUAAAUGAUAAGAUGCUCUAAAUAUGAAAAUUAAUAAAUGUGUCUGAA